AAGCGGCGGCGAGAAAGGAAAGCCAUAUAAUUCCCACCCAAAGGAAAGCAAAAUAUUCCCAUCCCACCGGCACCACCUCCUCCUCCCCAAGUCAAGCCCCAUCGUCUCUUCAGUGUUCACUGGUCAGUUUUCUCAUCCUCCUCUCGAUCGCACAGCUGCCGACCACAACGAUUCCUCUUGUUGGGUCUGAGGAGUCCUUAGUCGAUUCACCGGCCGCCUCUGCUUCCCGUCCCCAAGGAAGGAAGGAUCGCGUUGCGGUUCGGGAUGGGAUAGGUUAUCUUGGAAGGACGGAGAAACCAUACAGACUAGACUACCAUGUCAGGAGGAUCGGAUGUAUCUUCACCAUCAUCGGGACGAAUUAGCACGAGUUCUUUGUCAGACUUGAAGGACUUGGAGCUUUCUUCAGAGUCUGGCUGCUUGUCCAUUGUUGUACUAGGUGCUUCUGGGGACCUUGCUAAAAAGAAAACUUUUCCAGCACUCUUCAACCUUUUUCAACAGGGAUUUAUACAAUCUGGAGAAGUCCAUAUAUUUGGGUAUGCAAGAUCAGAUAUAUCUGAUGAAGGGUUAAGAGAACGCAUUCGUGGAUAUCUCAAAGGAGCUUCAGAUGAACAUCUUUCACAAUUUUUGCAAUUAAUUAAGUAUGUUAGUGGUUCAUAUGAUAAUGGGGCAGGAUUUGAAUUGCUAAACAAGACAAUCUCUGAGAAUGAAACAUCAGAGAACAACCAACCAGGAAACUCCCGAAGACUAUUUUAUUUGGCAUUACCUCCUUCAGUGUACCCCUCAGUAUGCAAAAUGAUAAGAUCAUAUUGCAUGACUCCAUCCUCUCAUACUGGUUGGACAAGGGUUAUUGUUGAAAAGCCCUUCGGAAAGGAUUUAGACUCUGCUGAGGAAUUGAGUGCCCAACUUGGAGAGCUUUUCGAUGAAGAACAACUAUAUAGAAUUGACCACUAUUUAGGAAAGGAGUUGGUCCAAAACUUGCUCGUGCUUCGCUUUGCAAACCGCUUUUUUCUGCCCCUCUGGAAUCGUGAUAACAUUGAUAACGUACAGAUUGUAUUCCGGGAGGACUUCGGAACUGAUGGACGUGGAGGAUAUUUUGAUCAAUAUGGUAUCAUUCGGGAUAUCAUUCAGAACCAUUUGCUGCAGGUCUUUUGUUUGGUAGCCAUGGAAAAGCCUGUCUCUCUUAGUCCUGAGCACAUAAGAGAUGAGAAAGUCAAGGUUCUGCAAUCAGUGAGCUGUAUAAACCAUGACGAGGUAGUCCUUGGGCAAUAUGAUGGCUACAAGGAUGAUCCGACAGUGCCAAAUGAAUCCAACACGCCUACUUUUGCGUCCGUUGUACUGAGGGUACACAAUGAGAGAUGGGAUGGAGUUCCUUUCGUCCUUAAGGCUGGUAAAGCACUAAGCUCUAAGAAAGCAGAGAUACGUGUGCAGUUCAAGGAUGCUCCGGGCGAUAUUUUUAGAUGCAAGAAACAAGGAAGAAAUGAAUUUGUCAUACGCCUGCAGCCAUCGGAAGCCAUGUAUAUGAAAUUAACUGUAAAGAAACCAGGGCUCGAAAUGGCAACAGAACAGAGCGAACUGGAUUUAUCCUAUGGGCUACGGUACCAAGAUGUAAAAAUCCCAGAAGCGUACGAGCGUCUUAUCUUGGACACGAUAAGAGGUGACCAGCAGCACUUUGUUCGCCGAGAUGAGCUCAAGGCUGCCUGGGAGAUCUUCACUCCUUUGUUGCACGACAUCGAUGCUGGCAGGCUCAAGGCUCUGCCAUACCAACCGGGAACCCGGGGUCCUCUGGAGGCCGAUGAGUUGAGCAAGAGGAUGGGGUACGUGCCGACUCUUGGCUAUGUUUGGGCACCGCCAACUCUUGCAAAGUUUUAGCCGCUACCAAGUGCCGGUUAAGAACAGGAGCGUUGUGGGUUUACAGAGAAUUACUUCAGAGGGAAAUUACUUGCUCUGUAUGUUAUAUAUGGAGAGCAUUUGUAAUAAGCAGUCUCUGCUUUUCAAAACAGUGUACCAUUUUACGAUUAUAAAUAAAUGAUACUACCAUCUUGUUAAA